AUGAGUGGAGAUCAAAAUAAAAUACGUGUUGGUUCACGAAAAAGUGAACUAGCUCUUAUACAAACGAAACAUGUUAUAUCAUUGCUGAAAACUUGUUUUCCUGAAAAAGAAUUUGAAAUAGUUACCAUGAAUACCUUGGGUGACAAAAUUCUAGACAUAGCACUGCCAAAAAUAGGUGAAAAAUCACUGUUUACCAAAGAACUAGAGACUGCUUUACAUACAGGGUGCGUAGAUUUUGUGGUACAUUCUUUAAAAGAUCUACCAACGACUUUACCUCAAGGCAUGGCAAUAGGAGCAGUUUUAACAAGAGAAGACCCUCGGGAUGCUCUGGUUCUCCAAAAAGACCUGGAAAGGUCUCUUACUCUUUCAAAUUUACCAGAAAAUAGCAUCAUAGGUACUUCAAGUCUAAGAAGAGCUGCUCAAUUAGCAAAAAAGUACCCACAUUUGAAGGUGGAAAAUAUUCGAGGCAACCUCAAUACCAGACUGAAAAAACUCGACGAUUUGGGAAAGUAUCAAGCUAUUAUUUUAGCUGCUGCGGGUCUAAAUAGAAUAGGUUGGAAAGAUAGAAUAUCUAAAAUACUAUCCGAAGACGAACUUCUGUACGCCGUAGGCCAAGGAGCCCUAGCUGUAGAAUGUAGGACUGACAACGAAGCAAUACUAGAACUAUUAGAGCCUUUAUACGAUUUAGAAACAGCUCUAAGAGUAACGGCGGAGCGUAGUUUUUUGAGAACUUUGGGAGGAGGUUGUAGUGCUCCAGUUGCAGUUAGCUCCAGCCUCAAAGCAAUCAAUGAGAGCGAGUAUGAUUUGGUAUUGACAGGUGCAGUGUGGUCAUUGGACGGUAAAGAUGAAGUAACAGAUUCCAAUAGCAGGACUAUCAGGGUGAGAAAUGAUUUGAGAUGCGCUACUUGUCCUUAUAGAAAUAAGCAGCCUGUUGUGGAUAUUGAGAAUUUGGAGUGUGGGAAAUGUCCAAGUUACAGCAAUGAACCAGCGUUAAAGAAGCCUAAACUUCUAGACAUACCUACAGAAUUACUAAAAAACGACCCGCAUGAAGUUUGUCCAAUACAAAUACCGGUGGGUGCCGAUUUCAUGGGAAAAUGUCCUUAUUUAGAAGCCCAACUGGAAGGUGCUUCUAGCGAAGCCACCGAUAUCUAUAUAUCCCAAUGUCCUUUCAUGCAAAAAAAGGUUCUACACAUUCCUGAUAACAAAAUCCAAAUUGAUGAAGGUUCUGGGGAUUUUGAAAAAGAAAGUGACAAGUUAUUUUGCGGACUGGUCGCUCAUAAACAAGCCACCAUUGAAGGUAUGAAUGCUUCCAGAGAAUUAGGAGAAAUGUUAGCUAAAGACUUGAUAGGUAAAGGUGCUAUGGAUGUCAUGACAAAGGCUCAAGCAAUCGUGCACGGUCAAAGUGCUUAA